UGCUGGGUUGACCACGGAGAUCCGAGUGUCUGCUAAUUUGACCGCAGUCCGGCGGGGAUAUUUUAUCGAUGCUCCUCAGCUAAUGUGACAAUUUUCAUACAACCGCUUGAAACACCAGCUGAAGCAAUGGGAGCCUUUGGAGUGAUGAUAAGGAUUUUACAAUACGUGGGACUUUAUAUUCAACUUAACGCGGCUCUCAACGUCGGACAAGGCGAGGUGGAUAAUCGCAUCUCUGGAAAUGCUCUCUUUACAGAGGUGCCACAUGACAUCACGACGCAGAGCGGUGAGGAUGUAGAGAUGGCGUGUUCUUUCCGUGGGGCAGGCUCUCCCGCCUACUCGCUGGAGAUCCAGUGGUGGUACAUCAGAGACUGGCAUAAGAAGCCUGCUCAGAUCGCUGAUAAUGUUGCAGCCCUGGAGGAAACUUCCAAAGACGCCACCAAAAUUAGUGUGGUAAAAGUAGCCGGCAGCAACAUCUCCCACAAGCUCCGUCUCUCCAGCGUCAAGCCGUCAGACGAGGGCACGUACGAGUGUCGCGUCAUUGACUUCAGCGGCACCGUGGCGCAGCAACACCGCGUUCGCGCCUACCUCCAGGUGGAGCCCGAGAGGAGUCAGGGGCCGGACGACUUCAAGCUGCAGGAGCCAGGGCAGCGGUCACGGGGGAGCCACCCUCACACCCGCCACCAGACAGAGGGCAGGGAACUGAAGAGGAGAUCAGCUAGCAGCACCACUGACUGUAAUGAGAGCUGCGUGCUUUAGAGUCGGCAGUCGUGCCCGUCUGUCUGCAUGUCCAUGACUUAUCUCUAAAGAGGGACUGUCAUCAACAUACACGUCGCCACAGAGUCGAGGUGUAGGACGUAACUGGAAGGCUUUGUGUUUCACGGUGUGUUUGUCUAUCUCUAAUAUUGCUGUUUGGAUGCCAACGCUGUUGAAUGCCAAUGAAGGGCACAUAUGAUUGUUUUCUUUUUGUUUUGCUUUGUUUCGUUGUCUCUGUGCUUUCUUCUUAUUGUAUUAGGUUGAUGUUAAUGUGACUGUUAGGCUGUAUUUACAGAUAGCUUUUGUUUUGUUAUUUUUUUGUCUGAGCAGGACUCUUUCAAUGGCCAAAACUUCUCCUCACAAAGUUAAAGUACAGGCAGUGGAGAGUCAGAAUUAUCACUGAAAUCAUGAAUACUAAAUAAACCAUUUCCUUUGCAAUGUGCCAGUUUUACUGUCUUUUACCAAAACAUGUGCAAAAAGCUGCAGUAUUUUAAUGCUUAAGAAUAAAUUAAGCUUUUUUCAUUCACCUGAGAACUUUUCAAAUUGCAUUUUAUUGAUGUAAUAUUUGUUUUAACACUAUAACACUACAAUGUUUGUCACAAUAAAAAUGUAUGCCUUCAUCACAUCAAGAUAAUAUAAAAUCUUCUGUGAAUUCAUGUUUGGCACUGUAGACUUUUGCUGUUAUCAAGUUUACUCUGUGCAUCUUAACCAAAUGUCAAGAAACACAACUAGUAUACGUUAAUCACUCCAAACUUUUGUCAUCAUUUUCUCAACCACAGUAUAUCUUUUUGUCACCUGACUCACAUUCUCCUCUUAAAUGUGUUUGUUCUAAGUGCUGCUGUUUGGUAUCUGUUCUGUUCAAUACAUCCAUUUGAAAUGA